AAAAUCUCCACAGAAUUACCCAAAAUCUCCGCAAAACCGCUAACAAUUUGCAGUUUGGAUUUGACAACGGUUUUCUUUUUGUGUAUCAUCAAUUGGAAAUUGAAGAAAAAUGGGAGGUGGUGAGGACAAACAUGGUGGUGAGUCAAGUGAUAAAGGGUUAUUUUCAAAUCUUGCUGGGUUUGCUGCCGCUGCUGGACAUUUACGUCCACAUGGGUCAUAUCCACCACAAGGAUAUCCCCCUCCAGGAUAUCCUCCACAAGGCUACCCACCCGCUGGAUAUCCACCGUAUGGCUACCCAAAUGCCGGAUAUCCUCCCCCGGGUGGCUACCCACCAGCUGGAUAUCCUCCACCUGGAGGCUAUCCUCCACCUGCUUAUCCUCAUGGUGGACAUCCUACCGCAGGGCACGGAGCUGGCAUGGGAGGCAUGGGAACAAUUCUAGCUGGGGGUGCUGCCGCUGCAGCUGCUGCUUAUGGGGCUCAUCAUUUGGCACACGGGUCUCAUCAUCUUGGACAUGGGUACUAUGGCCAUGGCUAUGGCCACGGGAAGUUCAAGCAUGGAAAGUUUGGGAAGCAUGGCAUGUUUGGAAGGCAUAAGGGCAAGUUUUCUCACAGAAAGUGGAAGUAACUCCUUUCUUUGUGGCCUAUCUAAUAUAUAUCCCAUCUUGGUAGUGUUGGCCAUUAGCAAUUACAUUUUUCUGGUCCUUUCUUGACUUCUACCACCAUCCUCUCCUUUCCCCAAAAUAAAUAAAAAUAUAAAAAAGUGCUUUACAAUUUGAAUUCUUUUGUAUUAUAAACCAGCGGACUCAUAAAAAUAUUUGGCAAUGUUUUUUUUCCUUUUUCUUUCUUUUUGCCUUGCACGGAGAUACAUUUCUUCAUUCUGUUCUGUAUAUGAUUCUAUUACUACUGUACAUUAAUCUGGUUGUUUUUAUAUUUGUUUGAUGGAAGUAGUCUUUGCUAGAUGAAUAUAGGUUAUCGAUUAAA